AUGGCUGUACAAAAUAUUUCUGAUGUGUCCCAUACACUAACAAUAUUAGAAGACGAUUAUCUCUCUCAAUUUAUAACAACUAAUAGUGAAAAUAAAUGUAAGAACAGUGUUGUACAGCUUACUGCAGAAGAGCAGUUGAAAAAAUUGAAUAAAGGAUUGGAAUAUGUAGACCAACUUAUAUGUGAUCAGACUUAUGAUAACCAUGAAGAAUUAUUUAAUCAAGUGACUUGGACUGAAAAUUUAGAAUCUAUUAUAAAUGAAAUAUCAUCCCAAAUCCAGAACUUGCAAUCAUCAAUUGAACUACUAAAAUGUAAAAUUGUAGAUUUAUUCGUUAAAGUUCAAACUCAAGUUAUCAUACUGAAUAGGUUACAUGCCAUUUGUGAUUUAUUAAGGAAAAUUAUGAGAACGCAAAGUCUAACAUUACAAGCACUAGACAAAGAAAAUGUUAUGUCAUCUCAUUCAAUGUUAGAAAUUAAAGAAUUAAUUGAAGAUAAAGAUUUGAAAGAAAUAACAUUUUUAAGCAAAGAUUUGAUCAAAUUAAGUAAUUUUUGUGAAAAAAAAUGUAUGAUUGGAUUAAAAUGA